CUCUAAACCACCUGCGCCCAGAGAGAGGGUUGGUGGGAUUCUAGAUGCUUCGCACCAGAGGCCGGCCUGUGCCUGUUGUAGCUAAUUACCCUCGCCCGUGGCCCGGACGUCGUUACCGCUCCCUGACCUCGCCUCGGAGCCGCUGACCAAAAAAAAGUAAUCCCACCAGCCUUUGGCUCAAGCCAGGCUCCCCCUUCCUCCCUCCUCAUCCUCGUCCUCCCCUCCGCAGCAGCAGCACGAGGGCCCCGCGAAUGUGCGCCAGUCCCUGUGGCUUCGCUCUCUGGCGCGUCUUACUGCCCUUCACCCCUGUGCUGGCGCUGGCGCUGCUGGGCCUCGGCCUCCGCAGGACCUGCGACCUCGCCAUCCUCAGCGGUGGCACGUGGGACCUGCUGCGGGGCCUCGCCGGUGCCCAGCCCGCGGCGCCGCUGGCCCCAGCCCCAGCGCCGCUGGCAUUGGCCCCGGCCCCGGCCCCAGCCCUGGCCCUGGCGCCGCCCGCCCCGGCUCCAGCGCCGCCGGCCCAGGCCCCAGCGCCGGCGGCCCAGGCCCCAGCCCCGGCGCUGCCAGCCCAAGCUGCGGCUCCUGCGCCGCCGGCCCCAGCGCCGCCGGCCCCGGCCCCAGCGCUGCUGGCCCCUGCGCCGCCAGCCCCAGCGCCAGCGCCGGCGCCGGCGCAGGCCCAUACGGGAAACGACUCGCGGGCGGAGGUGCGUCCGAGGCCGCAGACAUCCGAAGGGCAGCCGGGGCAAGCCUCCUGGAACCUCUCGGUUGCCGUUUGCUUCAACGGGCUACAGCGGCAUCUGUUGUCGUGGCCCGUGAGGUAUCAUUAUGUCAAGCACGUGGAAGAGCCUCUGCAGCGUUACGGCUUCAAGGUGGACCGGUAUCUGAGCGUAGUGAAGCCUUUUGCGCCCCUGAGCGUCAUAUCUGCCACGUACAACGCGACAGCUUUGAGGGAGGUCCCCGAGGAAAAGUUCUAUAAAAGCUGCAACAGCAAGACACAUAUUGUUGAUCGCCAGGAGCUUCUUCAGUACGUGAGCGUGCGCGACUGUUACGAGCAGAUCGAGGCCGUCGAGUCAGCCGCCAAUGCGAGGUACACUUGGAUAUACCGGAUGCGUACAGACAUGGUGCACUUAGCUGACAUUCCUUUGCAUCCUGGUCUAUCGCAACAAUUCGCUUACGUGUCUCACGGAGGCAUGUCAAGAGAUCAUGGGUGGCAGUGCAUGAACGAUCACAUUUUCCUCUGUCCACGCCGCCUGUGCAGGCCGUAUUUUUUUGUCAUAGAGCUUUGGGACAAUCAGUUCUCUUGUGGGUCAAGUCGGCCGAAGCAAGACCUUUUGCCCGAAGGGUGGGAUGGUCCUCCGUCGGAGCCGUUUGUUUUGCCGAAGAAGCCUAAUUCGAUGCAGCAGUGGUAUUUUUUUCGCAGAUAUACGCGUUCGACGCAGGGCCGGCCUUGCAACAGCACCCAGACAGACGCGGAGUGCUGCGGGCUCCUCCGCGAGUUGGAGUGGUGGUAUGUCCUGGCACGCAACAAGAGCGGAAAGGUCUUGUCCGUGGACUGCCACUACGGGAUCCGGGAACGGCACGGGACCGGAUGCCCCGAGAGGUGCCAGGAGACGUUGAAGCAGUGCAAGGACGUGUCGCGGGAGUUCGAGAGGCUCUGCACCGCGGAGCCCGGGCAUGCGGACUGCGCGUGGGUCUGGCAGGGCUGGAGCCCUCCUGGCACGACGACGGCGAGCCUCCCCGCGGCCCCGGGCUCCAGGAAGCCUUCCAAAACCUUGCCCAGCCCCUAGGGGCCCGAGGCAGCCCGAGAGGGCACCCGCAGGGGUCCAAGAUGGGCCAGGAAGAGCCCGACAUGGGCUAGGCGCCCCUCCCCCCCGCCCGGUUUCACUCUCGAAGCUUUUUGGCCCACUGGCCGUCGCGGUGCUUCGGACAUGGGCCGAAGGGCUGAAUAGAGCAAACAGCAGUCUUGGAGUCCAGGCAGGGUCCCAACUCCCACCUGCGAGGCACGAGAAGUCUUUCUGGAAAUGGGGGGAGGAGGGGAGAGGGGGCGCAACUGCGGCAUGCAGAAUCAUUCCACGUGCUGGAAGAGCAGAUAUUGUGCAUGCAUGGGAUGUUGCUUAUGUGGUCACUCUGUCUCUCACCCUCCCUCCCCAUGCCUGCGCGCUCUCACUCAUGUACAUAUAACGGGGGACCGGGUCCGGGGGCCCGGGGCUGGAGCCACGACCACAAAUGUGGGGCCCGGCGCGCCGGGAGCCCUGCUGGAGCGCCGGGGACCGUCCAAGAUCGCCCGAAGAUGGCUUCGGAACGCUCGAAAAUGCGCUCCGAUGGCUGCAUAUGCCUUUCAAGGCGACUCCCAUGACGCUAAGAAGGCCCCCGAAGGCCCUGAAGACGCCUCAAGAGGCAUCCC